UGUGAUGGUGUGGUGUAAACAGUGUUGCUGUGGAUCACUGGAGCGAGACGCUGCGGCGCCCAGCAGCUGAUCGUCACAACAACGAUGUCAGACGACGAACACAGGGAGUCUUGUUCUCAGCUGGCCAUCAUCCGUGAAGUGUAUGACAGUGACUCGGCUCAUGAAACUUUUGAGUUGGAGCUGGAAAAGGCACUGGAAAAAGGUGUAGCAACAAUUGUUAUAGAGCCAACAACAUUAGGUGACGAGACAGCUAGAUGGAUUGCUGUUGGGAAUUGCCUUCACAAAACAGCAGUAUUAGCCGGGUUUGGUGCAAUAACUUCAGGUCUAAUCUGGCAAGACACGGCCUAUGUUUGCGUUCCUCUUGGCACUCUCUCUCUAUUCUGCACAGGCGUUUAUACAGCAUCUUGGCAGUUUGACCCAUGUUGCAAGUACCAGGUUGAAUAUGACUCUGGUCGUUUGUCUCGUUUGCCCCUUCAGUCACUGUCCUCUGCAUCACCAGUUGUUUUAGUGCGAAGGGACGACUCUAAGAGAAAGAUUUUACACAACUGCAUAUCUUUAAUUUCAUUUUCAUACUGCAUGUGGAGACUUUAUCAGAUGUACAAGUAGGUUAAUAAAGAGAACAUUGAUUGUAUAUGUAGUAUCAUGAAGACUGUGUAUGAAUUAUAUUAAUAUGAUUAUUUAGACAAUAUAUCAGUUGUACAUGUAAAUUCAUCCCUGUAAUGUAUGAAAUGUACACUGAGUAGGAAUGUAUGCAUUGUACAAAGGUCAUCAAAAAUUUUCUACCUAGUAAUUACCCCUGUGAGUUACUUGAACAUUUACAGCAGGUUGGUAAUAGGAAUCAGGAGUCUAAAUGAAUGCAGAUAGAACUGUAUUUACAGUAUUAGAAUCUGUUAAAAAAAAAUUUUGUAUUGUGAAAAAAUGUAACAUUCAUUUCAGUGGAAGGUCAUUCUUUAUUUGGGGUACCUUUUUUUUGCGGUUAAGUGAAGAAGGAUUCUCUGCUUUGGUUACCCAGUUUAACAGAGCAACUGGGAGAAGCGAUUUCAUCAAGAUUUUAGACUUGGCAUAAUUUCAAGGUUAUCUCUGUUACUAACUAGGUAAAACAAUUAGAGCUAAGCUCAGGGCAUACUACUGCACUUGGUCAUGUGGUAGUGUUCAAAUAAUUACAGUUGUAGGUUUUAUCAGUGUUUUGCACUAGGAAAGAGAUAGUCUAUCACAGGAUCCCAACAUUUUGAAAGAUCUUAGCCAAACAGAAAAUUAAUUAUUCAUACAUUCUGAACUAUCUUCCAUUACAUAUCAGGUAUCUUCGUAUUGUUGAGAGAAACUUAAAAAAUCCAGUGGACUGGAUUCGUAAAUAAGUUCAAAGUUGGAAAUAAUUUUGAUUUUACAGAGAUUGUGAUUGGAUCAAGUUUAACAAGAGUACAAUAUUUUGUGGUGUUGCGCCAAAUGCUGGACACUAAAAAAUUUUUUUUGUAUUAUAUUCAAUUAAUCCCAAGCAUGUCUCAUCCUGGCUCAAAAAUUCUUCAUAUGUGAUGUGUAUUCCAUUUUUUAAACUAUAGAUAUAUAUAUAUAUAUAUAUAUAUAUAUAUAUAUAUAUAUAUAUAUAUAUAUAUAUAUACACACACACACACUAUACAUACAUAAUGUACUGUACUGUACUGUACUGUACUGUACAGUCUAUAAAAUGCAGUCUGAAAGAGUAUGUAUUAAUGAUUCAGCAUUUAAAAAACACUUAUAUUUUUUAACAAAAGGCAUCACCUAAAAUUUACAGUGAUCAUUAUAUACUGUACAUUUAUAGUACUGUAUAUAAGAUUUUCAGUUGCAGUUAUCUCAUACUGUAGUAUUUAAAAUAUGGAUGCUCAAAUUUUCCCAAUUACAAAUUAAAAUCUUAAAUCAAAGAUUUUAAUGCUAUACUUUUUUAUUUUGCUAAUGUUAAUAUACUUUGUAUUUUUUGUCAAGGAUGAAAUCCUCUGAAUAAGUGUGAGUAUGCCUGCACAGAGUCUCAAGUGGAAAAACAAAUAUACGGUAUAUGAAUGAGUUGGCAAGCAUGGGGCUUAAAGUAACAACUUAUUUAGCCAGUUUAGUUGGCCUGCUCAAGGCCCAAAGUGACAUCUUCCCAACUUUUGAUCAGCUCCUUCACUACGGCGACUCCACUUUUGCUAUUUUAUGGUUAAUGCUGGACAGUUUUAUUCAGGCCAGACAAGAGUCCGUGUACAAGGGGUUAGAAGACUAUCUUCGCUGUCCCUUUCACUACAGGGAUGUCACUUGAUAUUUUAUUUGGCUAAUGCCAGACAAUUUUAUUUCGCCCAGAGAGGACCCUGUAUACAAGGGGUUAAAAGAAAGGUAUCUGCCCCUGGCUUUAGGGUAACAAUCCUUUCAUGAAAGAAAGCUGCCUUCCAUGGGGAUUAGGUUAAUAGCUCCUUUAUAAGAGGAAGCUAAUCCUAAAGGACCGAGGAUGACAUCUACCCACAGUAUAUAAGAGGGAGCUGCCUGCUGAAUAGUCUUGGGUAACAGCAGUUAGUAUGAGAAAAAAAUACCUGCCAAAGGACUAACAGUAACAAUUCACUAAGGGAAUCUGCCUGUGAGCAGCCUCAGAUUAGCAACUUCAUAAAUAAGAAGCUACCUGGUGCAGGUAAGAGGAAAUUGUUUGUUGUAGUGCUCAGGUUAGGAAUUUUCAGCAGUAAGAGGAAGCUGUUUACGACACGGCCCAGGCUAACAAUUCCCUGAGUAAGAGGAAGCUGUCUGCAAUACGGCCUAGGGUAGCAACUUUCAGCUUUGCAUGUAUGAAUUCUCUGCCCAGCACAAUUUUAACUGCUGUUGAGGAUCAAACUUUGGCCUUCAAAUGAAUCGGUGGGACUUUUGUACUCUAAUGGACCAAUUUUUUGGUGUUUUGCAAUACAUGAUGAGUAUUGAUGCCCCUCUCUGGAAAAGGAGGUCGAAGGAGAUAUACUAUGUAUGGGAUUGUACAGAUAUUUAAGUAUGCUAGUGUAAUCUGUACAUACAAUUACAAUUACUUGUCUUUAUUUUGUAACAGUGAAUUAAACCAAAUGCCUCAUAAAA